UCAAGAGUCACAUGCUCUACCGACUGAGCCGGCCAGGCACCCAGGAACAUAAUUCGUCUCGCAAUGGUUUUGGAAAUCCUUUAUUCACACUUGUGUGACACUACUCAUUCAUUGGGGCACGAGGUAGAUGCUGGAUAUGGACAAUGCGAAGCCCAUCCCCUCGUCAGAAGUAAGUAAGGAGCAAGUGCAGCUUGAUGCUUUCUUCCCCUCAUUCAUCGCAUUCAAUUGAAUACAUAUUGAAGCCCUGCUGUGCGCCAAUCGCUGUGCCAAGCCUUGGGGAAACAAAGCAGAGAAACGGGCCCUGCUUGCGUUGUGUGAAAAGGACAGGCAGUUACACAAUGACCACAAAGUAGUGUGUCCCUGCUUUGAUAAAGGAAUAUAAGGCCCAAGGUGCGACAGGAACCCAAAUGCAUGGAAUUCAGCCCCCGUCGCGGAGCAGUGGACUGGAACCUCUCAAAUUCCUCUUACCUAACAUCAGAAUUGGUCCUAGUGACUGGACCACAGAUGCAUCUGCACAGAGUUCAAGAUAAGGCCCCUCUGUCCAAGGGUCUUUUGCUGGUCCCCAGUGCCCUGUCCCUCUUGCUGGCCCUCCUCCUACCGCACUGUCAGAGGUUCUUCGUGUAUGACCUCCAAGCCAUCAAGGAUGACUUCCAGAUUUGGAGGUUGAUAUGUGGAAGAAUAAUUUGCCUUGAUUUGAAAGAUACUUUCUGCAGUAGUCUGCUUAUUUAUAAUUUUAGGAUAUUUGAAAGAAGAUAUGGAAGCAGAAAAUUUGCAUCCUUUUUGCUGGGUUCCUGGGUUUUGUCGGCCUUGGUUGACUUCAUCCUCGUUGAGGCUGUGUGGUAUUCCUUUGGUAUUGCUGCAGCUGGGAAUUUGCCUUCUGGAUUCCUGGCACCUGUGUUUGCUCUGUUUGUACCAUUUUACUGCUCCAUACCGAGAGUCCAAGUGGCACAAAUUCUGGGCCCAUUGUCCAUCACAAACAAGACAUUGAUUUAUAUAUUGGGACUACAGCUUUUCACCUCUGGUUCCUACAUCUGGAUUAUAGCCAUAAGUGGACUUAUAUCAGGCAUCUGCUACAACAGCAAAAUGUUUCAAGUUCACCGGGUUCUCUACGUUCCCAGCUGGAUGGCAAAGUUCUUUUCCCGGACACUUGAGCCCAUCUUCUCAUCUUCAGAACCCACGGCCGAAGCCAGAGUCGGAAUGGGGGCCACAGUGGACAUCCAGAGACAGCAGACGAUGGAGUUGCUGGACCGGCAGCUGAUGCUGUCUCAGUUUGCCCAAGUGAGAAGACAGAGGCAGCAGGGAGGAAUGAUCAAUUGGAAUCGUCUUUUCCCUCCUUUACGUCAGCGACGAAAUGUAAACUAUCAGGACGAUCGGCGGUCUGAACAACAAGCAUCUCCUCCUCUAGAGGUUUCUGAGGAACAGAAUCUUCACCACUGUCACCAUAAAAACUCACCUGAUACAAACAGUUCCCCCUCACUAACAUGUAUGUAUUUUGGGGUACACUUUGUACUUCUGUGUAUUUAUAAUUGUGAGUUGGGAACUGGUCCAGCAGUGACUCAGCUUUUAUUUCCCUGGUGAUGGCGGGCUCCAUGAGGGCUAAUCCCAUCUCUUCCUGUUUGCCACGCCACAUGGAGCCUGACACACAGAAGGUGCCCGAUGGUGGUUAGAGCAGGGCUAAACGUGAAGGUGUGAGAGUGGUAUUAUGUCAGACUUUUCCAUCUGUAGGCUGGAAAUAGGUUUUCUCAGAGAAUAGCAAAGCUAACUGUGUUAGAAUGAAAUAUUGUGUGGCAGUCAAAUAAUUAACUAACUUUGGGGGGGUGGGGGGUGCCUCAUUCUGCUGGGUCUUCUAAAAGAUAUAAGCAGUGGAGCUCAUCCAGUCUGUUGUGAGGGCCUUCUCAGUACCAAAGCCUGAGCAAAGCAGAAAUGCAAAAAUAAGGGGCCUGUGAGCAGCCUGUAGCCAGACAGGAGCAUAAAAUAACCAGAAACCAUUCACUCCCCCAAUGUGUGUGGUCAAAGGGGUUCAGCAUUUCUGAGGAGGAGGGGAAUGGCCAGGUAUCCAGGGGAGAGAAGCACACUGAACCACAGGUGACCUGACCGUGCACUUGGCAGUGGGGAAGCCACGAGGUAGGAGAGUCAGCUUGCCCUGAGCGGCAACAUGGUUGUUAUAAUGAAGGGGAGGGAAGGGUGAGCCACAUCCCCAAGACUUCUGCUGGGGUGCUCCUCCCGGCAGGGCGUGCGUGUGGCCCAGAUGGUGUUGUGCCGUGAGGGGGCAACCAGAGUGGGAUUGGGGCGGGCAUCAUUCAGGUGGGCAUCACUUCCUGCAAGUGUCAGAAUUUGGGAAGUAGAACCCAAAAACCGUUUGCUUUUGACACCCUUAGCUAAAGGGAAGUUAAAGAAAACCACAGUCUUCACUUGAACAAAACAAGAGGAGUAUGUCACUGAGAGGAAUUGCCAUGUUUCAUUGGGAUGAACAUCCUGAUUCACUGGUGCCAGAGAGUAGUUGCAUCGUCGGUAGAAGGCAAAGUAGGACUUCAUUUAUUUUCUUGAGUGAGAAUUAGCUCGAGGUCGGAGUCCCACAUGUCCCAAAUCAUAGAGGAUUGUUUUUUGUUUUUUGUUUUUUAUUUUUGUUUUUUCUAAGGAAAGGAAAACUGAUAGGGAAUUUAUUUCCAUCCCUAUAGGUUUCUUUUCUUGUUCAACAGGGUCUUUCUUUGGAAAACGUAUUCUAGGAAAAACUCAUUCUGCCGUGUCUGUCUUCAGAGCACUGCCAUCGGUGGUGGGAGAGCUCACCUGCGGUACCUGCUCCUGUCCACGUUCCCAGCCUUGUGUGGGGCUGGCACACGGGGGGCCUCGGGCCCUUGACCAAGAGCUGCCAGCAGAGUCACAGGUCGCUGGGGGGAUGUGCCACACGGCUAGGCUACAAUUCCAGUACCCGCCCCUCGUUGCGGACCCUUACGCAGAGAUACCUCUGAACCUUCCUCUAGAAAGUCAAGUCUUCAGUUACAGAAGACAGGCAUCUGGGGUUACACUCAGGCACCUUCUGUUUUUAUGAAUGAGGGAUGUGGGAGACAGGAGGGCCUAACACUCUGCAUGUUAUAACCCAAUUACUGUUUAAAGCAAAUAGAGAAAAGGAUUAUUUUGUUUAGACUAGAAACCCAGAUGAACUCUAUUCUGAUGUUCUGUGGUGAGAAUGUUUAGACAGAAGAUUCCCUGUGAUGCAUGAGCAGAAGGAGGGGACUUACUGUGCUCCAAGAUGGAGAAGGAAUGUUGAAAGAAACGCUUUUCAGAAAAUUCGA